UGGUGUGAGAAGAUGGCACAGAAUCACGUUGAUGUUGAUACGCUACUCGAGGAUUAUGCAUGGCGACAUUUUAAGGAUAUUCAAAGUUUACGAAAAACACGGCUUGAUGAUUUCAAGAAUCUGGAAAAAGAAGACGUGGAGUUCGUUUUGGUAAGUGCUUAG